CUGGCCUCGUAAUGCGCCUUCUUUCUCUAACCUGCUCUCUUUCUUUCCCUUCAGCUUAGCUCUCCUCAUUUCCUCUUUCCCCUUAACAAUAAGAUUCACAGCUUGGAAUCAUGCGUUUCGUUAUUGUUCAGUGGUUCUUCCUUCUCUCAGCUACGUCUUUAGCCUCUGCUGGUCUGAUUUCGAAGCGCGAAACGUUACAUUUUCAUCCUCGUUCUAUUACCGAACGUUCCGUACAGCAAGGCUGGUCUCUCCAAUCUACGACAUGUCCAGUCGAUAGUAUCUCAUGCGGCGGCGGAGCAUGUUGUCCUUCAGGCCUGCAUUGUAACCCCGCUGCUAAUGAUGAAGUCGCCACCUGCUGUCCAACUUCAUCCAAUUGUCGCGGCUCUGUAGAGAGUGGCGGGGCAUGUGCAGACUCAAAUUGGUCACUGUGGCGGGGAGUCAAUGGGAAUGACUUCUGUUGCCUGGUAGGAAUGGUCGGCAUCGUUAAUUACCAAGAUUCGGUUGCUGGCAGUUGCGUCUCAUCAGCGGAUGUUGGAACUUCAUCUACAGCACAAUUGAUAUCCACAGGCGUGGGUGGUAGCACGUCUGCAAGUCCUACGUCAACAAUAACGUCGACUCCUGCAGCACCUACUACUACAAUAACAACAACAUCUGCCCCCUCAGCUCCUACUACUACAAUUUCAAGCUCUUCAUCACCCACAACAACAUCCACGAGCGCGGCGGCUCCUGGAACUACAGGAAAGCCAGUCUUUUUCCACUACAUGGUUGGAACGAUCACCGAUGCGCACUGUGAACAAGACAUCCUUGAUGCCCAAGCUAUGGGUGUAGAUGCAUUUGCCCUCAAUCUUCCCACUGUGGAUGGUUACGCGGCCACCACCUCUUCCCAGCUGUUCAAAUGGGCUGGAGUGCACGGCUUCAAGCUCUUUUUCUCUUUCGAUAUGUCGGGCUUCAAUAACCCUGAUCAAUUUAUUACCUUCCUGCAAUCCUAUGUCACUAAUGAAGCAUACUUCACGUAUAAUAACCUACCACUGGUAUCUACAUUCAACGGUGGCGCGUCAUCUUACACGUUUGGUCAAGACAGCGUGAACGAUGGAUGGAAAGUAGAAUUCCAAGAAGUCAUGGCGAACGCGGGCCAUCCUGUGUACUUUGCACCCGCAUUCCAAGACGUUUCUGCUUCCCCAGAUUUUUUCACUACCGAAUUCCCAACCUUGGAUGGCGCCAUGAACUGGAACUCUUGGCCUCAGAAUACUGAGGGUGAUAUUAUAGUCCCUACCACUGACGACGUUACCUAUCUGGAUGGCGCACAUGCCUCUAACAAGAGCUUCAUAAUGGGCGUCUCCCCUCUGCAGUUCAAGCAUGAUCCGAGCUACGGAAACUGGUAUCGACGCGGCGAACAGAACCUCGAAUAUCGAUUUGGACAAGUCCUGAAACUUCAGCCUGACAUGGUCGAACUGCAAACGUGGAACGACGCGGGUGAAAGUCACUACAUGGGGAACAGCUGGCCGGAGCCAAUCGAAGGGACCAAUAUCGCCUCAUACACAGCCAACUAUUCUCAUACCGCCUACAAAGAGAUCUUGCCGGCUUUUGUCAAAGCUUACAAAUCGGGAGCCAUGACCACAGAUACCAUGUACCCAACGAAUGGGAAGAAUGCCCAGGGUGUUUUCUGGCAUCAUACCUUGCUUGCGAAUGGGGACUGCAGUUCCGACUCGAUAGGGGAGCCGCAAGGUGUUGAUACCGUCGAAGAUAAAGUCACUGUCGUCGUUCUCGUAGCGAGCGGCAUCACGACAUACAACGUUAGCAUCACAUCCGGCGGCAACACACUGGGCUCCUCGAAGCUCGUACCUGGAUAUAACCAGUAUUCAGUCGCGGGCUUGACCACGGGAACUGUCGUCGUAACCGUCACUGACACGUCGACGAAUUCCGAGGUUGUCACUGGCACAGGACCGCUCCCUGUUGUCGAUACCUCAGACAUAUGCAACUACAACUUCCAAGUCGUUGCGUUGUCGUGAGAGUAAAUCGAUUUCGGUAUCUGGAAUUUGAUGGUUGUUCGGGGUUAUAUCUCUUGUGUGAAAAUAGUAUUUCUAUUCUGUAUUUACCAUAUCCUUAUUUCUGAUUCAGAAUAAAACAUCUAGUCUUCCUCUUUUGUCCUCC